AUGGACUACCACCGUCAACCGCCUCAGCCACUCACCUUCGACCGUGUAUACCCGCCUUUCCAGGCCACCUCUGUUUCCGCUACCCCCCACUCCUCUUCCCAUGAUGCGAAUGCUCAGUCCCUACCAUUCUUCCAUCGCCUUCCGGUUGAGCUCCUCCCUCGGCUGCUUUUGCACUGGUCGUCUGAGGACCUUGCCAAUAUCGCCUUGGUUGACAGGCCGUGUAGACAGCUGGCAAGGUCGAAACAGUUCGUCGAGGUUAACCUUGGCAUGCCACUGCCGGACUAUCUUAGCGGAUCUCCAGGAAACGACAGUAUCCCCACCGGUGCGAAGCGAAACAGCGGGCCCUCCUUGUUGGACAGUUUGAUGGUGGAAGUUCAACGAGGGUUCAACACGACCCCAUCCAUUGCCGUGUGCAUCAGGAGAGUGAACGUUGUCAUGCUUCCCCCAGGGUUGAUUGAUUGUGUCCACAAAGAGACACUGAAAGCCUUCCUGGACAGGGUGUCUUCGCUCUUGCCACAACUUCCGCACGUCUGCUCCCUGUCGUGGGUCACGCCUGGCCGGACGCUCACACGGUACCAACUCGAUUGUCUCAAGGCGAUGAAGGUCCUGAAGAACCUCGAAUUAUUCUGUCAGGAAACUGAACACUCGGACGGGGAGGGAACACUUGCUCCGUGGCCGUUGGAGUCCCUCCACAUAACAGGUCAGGGUCCCGGGUUCUCGCUAUCCGAACGCCUCCCUUCGGGUAUUUUGAAGGCCCCUCACACACUAAUACAGAGUUUGACGCUGGGCAUCAGCGGCCGUGGAAUACGUGACGACCCACCUCCUGUCGAGGUCUGGUCUAUGGAACACCUUCGCCGACUCGAAAUCCAUGACUCUUCAUUCCCCCUCGACCUCCCAUCCGGCGCACCGACCUGUCCUCUACCCAGAUUGACAGCCCUAACUGUUGCCUCUUUCCAUUCUUCCUUUCGACCCACGUCGGAAGAAGCCAUAUCCCAUCGGACUGUUCACUUCCCCGGCCUCCGUCGACUCAAAUAUACAUCUUCAAUCGCAUCCUCCGACGUCCAAGCUCAGAGUGACAUAAUCGCAUUUUUGAGUAGACACACCGAUCUUGUCAGUAUCGAAUUCGAGGAACCCGUCGCGCCUGAAUGGAUCGAUCAGGUACUGCUCCCUCUCCUAACCUCCACCUCCGCCCCUACUCGAACACGACCGACUUUCAGUGAGCUUCGCUCGCUAAGGCUCGUUUUCGGUGCAUUAUCUAUUUCAAUCGAUACACUGAAGCAGCUGGGCUCACUCGGAAACCUCGAGCACCUCUGGAUAUCCUCCCGCCUGCUUACUUCGGGUCUUCCCCUGCAGGAGCAGCCAUGGCGUCGGCGUAGCGGUCACUACUCGGAAUGGUUCGUCGACCAUCCGGCGAUGCUCGAGUCCUUGCAGGCACUUUGGCCCUCACUUCGGACCCUCGUCCUUUCCGGUGAUACCUAUGGCGAGCGGGAAGCAGUUCAUCCAUUGAUGAACCCAAGGUUCCAUCGGGGGGACUAUUAUGAAUCUCGAACAUUGCCAAGUGACGUAUCUCACGAGCUGUUCUUGACCCCAGAGGAGCGGGAGACAUUGAGCAGACCUAUCUACCACACCUACCCUUGGGAAUAUUCCAGUCAACACCGGCGACUCGAUUUUGAAGCUUUGCAGCGGAUGGCUCGUCGUUUUCAUUUGAUCGCGUGGGAGAGGUGGCAUGUCUCGGCCAUGCGAGAUUUUGCUGGUCGGUACUUUGAGAGGUUUGGGAAAUUGGAGGUGUGUUACGUCGGGAGGAUCAUGGUCGAAAGAGGGGGGAAUCGGGAGUCGAGGAUGGAUGAUUUGCCGGCAGAGAGGGAGAGGGUUGAGAAAGAACUUUGGGAGGAACGAAUUGUCUCGUAG